GCCUCGCAACACGGUCGCGCAAAAUUACUUCCGGUUAUUCCCAGACGAAAGUUGCACUUAAUGGAAGGUCCUUAACCCAUUGCACAUUUCGUGAAAUUCUCCUCACGGUCCUUUUAGCUGUAGCGUAUGUUUCGGAUGUGCACUUAAAAUAUGGUGCCUUGCACAGUCCUGGUUCUAUGAAGGUGAAACAAAGUAUCUCGCAACGAUCCAGCCAAUUAACAACAUUAUUUUAAGAGCACUGGAGAAUGGGUGUAUUUGACUGGCUGUUCAAAUCUUGCACCAUAAUUUAAUACUCAUGGAUAGCAACAAGGAGGACAGUAGAAGAUGAGCCACCUAUUUUGUCCCUCCAAACCUACAACAUCUUUAACAAGGAUCUAAGACCUGUCCGUGUCCUGGAGGAGCGAGUUUAGAGGGUGUGUCUGUGCUGCCUGGUGAUGGGAGUUUUCCUCUUCUGUGCCCUUCCCCAAGACCUUGGAGGACUUAACUGCUAUAAGGACUGCAAAAAGGACACAUAUUCCCGAAAGUGAACAGUACAACCUACAAAACCAAAUAUGGCACGAGAAGAGGCAUACUGCACACUUAUGGGUGGAAUUCAGGAACUGGAUUUCAAGAAAGAGCAUGUACCCGGUGACUUGGUCCUGAUUGGCGACCAUGCCUUCCCCCUGGCCAUGAACCCAAGAGGUCAGGUGUUAAUGGCUGCCUCAAGCUAUGGCCAGGGGCGCAUAGUGGUUCUCGGGCACGAGAAACACAUUACUGACUUCCCUGGCAUGGUGGAAAAAGCCUUGGCAUGGCUAGUACAAUCGCCUGAUAGAAAUACUGCGGGCAUUCAUCCCUCUUGCAAGGCUGCUGUUGAAAACCUGCGCUAUUCCAGCAUCAAGGCCGAGGUCUGUGAGUUCAAAGAUGGGCUUGGCGUGUAUGUUACAGAUGCUUACAGUGUGGACGCACAUGCUAAGGAGUUGGUGAGUUUCCUCAAGGCAGGGGGAGGAUUACUUGUGGCUGGCCAAGCUUGGAGCUGGGCAGAGAAAAAUCCUAAGGAAAACACACUGCUGAGUUUUCCAGGGAACAAAGUGUGCAGUGUGGCAGGGAUCUACUUUUCAGAACAUUCUGGAGAGGUUGGAGUGUUCCCUCUGCCCCCAAAGAUACCAUCCAGUUGGUUGGCUGUUUCGAUUGGAAAAAAUUUCAAAGAUGACCUUGAGUUUCUCCUGAAUGGCGUGCAAGAGUUUGACAUCCAGGGUGGUGCAGUACCUUCAGAGGUCCUGGUCCAUGGCCCCCUGGCGUUCCCCAUUGGCGCCACACCUGAUGGCAAGGCCUUCCUCGCUGGAGCUUACUAUGGCCAGGGCCGAGUCAUCGUGGCCACUCAUGAGGGCUACAUUGGGCGUGACUCCCUUGCCAAGUUUUUCUCCAACGCUCUUCACUGGCUGGACGAGGGGCGCAAUGGGGUGGUGGGCAUCAAACCCCAGCUGAAAUCCACAGAAUCUGUUCUGGCCAAAUCCGGGCUGCAGUGUCAGGUGACGGACUUCAAAGAAGACCUCAGCGUCUACGUCUGCACCUCCUACAGCGAUGCUCAGUGUGAGGUGAUCCAGGACUUUGUCGCUGAAGGCGGCGGGCUCCUGAUUGGGGGACAUGCCUGGUACUGGGCUCAAAGCCAUCCUGGACAAAAUGCCAUGGCCGAGUACCCUGGCAACCACAUCCUGAAUAAGAUGGGGCUCUGUAUUUUGGGGGACACCCUCAGCUCAGGGCUCUACAAGGUGCCUGAUCUGGAGAAAGCUUGCUCGGACGCCUACCACUUUAGGGGCUUGCUCCAGCGCUUUGCCAGUCAUGUGAAUGAAGGCCAUAGCCUGUCAGACCACGAGCAAGGCUGUCUGAAGAAGCUGGGGAAGGACUGUGGCCAUUACCUUGCUAUGGAGACCCACGAGUGUGCAGCUUAUACGUCAAUAGUGGCAAUGCUGACUGACAUGGUGAAGCAGGCGGGAAUCCCACAGGUGUGCAACACAUGCCCCGUGAAAAGUGCCAAGGACCACCUGCUUCUCAAUGUGGGCAGCCAGGUCUACAAGGUGUGCCAGGACCCUGAUGCCCUUCUGCCCUACAUCAUCAAAGAUCAGCCCGCUCUGCCAGUUGUCCACAAUGCAAGGGUCGGCAUCAGUGUAAACUCAGCAGGUGGCGAGGAGUGGCUCAGCACUGGGCUGUACCUCUGCCCUGGAAUGAGAACAUACGUGUCCAUGCCACCAGAGAUCGUGGGAAAGGGCUGGAAGGUCCAGAUUGGCUGUCAGACUGAUAAUAUCGGCCAGGCUAAUGAGUUGAAACGAGCACCUGUGGUGUGUGAGCGCUUUCCUGUUGACAAGGAGAUGGUGCAGGUGUGGAACCUCUGGGGGGGUCUCAUCUACCUCAUCGCCCCACCCAACUGCAGCAUGAAGGGGGCAGAGGUGGUGGUGCAGAUAGCUGUUCGAGCACCUUACUACAAGUCUGGAGAGACUACAGUAGAAGACUGGGUGAAGGUGAUCCGGGAUGCACCGGCCCCUUGGGCAGAGCUAGAGUUUGAAAACAUCAUCCUGACUCUUCACUCGGACUUCAUACGAGGCCUAGACCGGCCAGAUGAAGUGGCGUCGAUGUGGGAUGACAUCAUGAGGGGAAUAGCAGACCUUGCAGCCAAACCUGCCAAGUUCCCCCGAAAAGAACGAUUUGUGGCCGACGUCCAGAUCUCACAUGGCUACAUGCACGCCGGGUAUCCGGUCAUGAUGGACACCUCCGCUGCCGCGGGCCUGGUGAACCCUGGGAAGGCGCGGACAUCAGGUCUGUGGGGCGCCGUCCACGAGCUGGGCCACAAUCAGCAGCGUGGGGUCUGGGAGUUUCCCCCGAACACCACCGAGUGCACCUGCAACCUGUGGUCUGUCUACGUGCACGAAACGGUGCUGGGUCUGGACCGGGCCAAAGCCCACCCAAACAUGUCUCAAGAGAACAGACGGUGCCGGGCACGGGACUAUGCCCAGGGGGGGCGGCAGCUGGGCAAGUGGAGUAUGUGGGUGGCCCUGGAGACUUAUAUGCAGCUCCAAGAUACCUUUGGCUGGGACGCCUUUAAGAAGGUCUUCACUGCCUACCAUACAAUGGAGGGAGUGCCUCAGGACAACAAGGGCAAGAUGAACACAUAUGCGGAGACCUUCUCCAAAGUGGUGAACAGGAACCUGACAUCCUUCUUCAAGGCCUGGGGCUGGCCAAUAGAGGCUGCCACUGAGGAGAAGCUCUCAGGUCUGCCUGCCUGGAGUGAUCAUCCAAUGGCCCAGUAUGCCUGAGAGAGGACAAGAGGUUUAACGCUGAUGGAUCUUCAUAGCUUGUUUAGGACUAUUAGUGUGUGAUAUGACAUUACCUAAUAAUGUUUAAUUUAUAAUAUUCUGCUAUUCUAGCACUUUAAAGUACAUAAAAUUAUGGUAAAUGAGAAUGGAAUAGAACAAGUGGAAAUCAAGGAUGAAUAACCCACUGAGGUUUAGAUGGAAGCCCUAUAGUAAUCCACUUCUGACUGUAUACUGUAUGCUUCAUUUAUAAUGAGAAACCUUACACAUUUACAUGGAUAUACAUUCUAAAAAUGGUAUCCUUUUGAUUAAUUUAUACCCCAAAACGGCAUAAAAAGGGCACAUUGUAGGUGACAAGAACACAAGGGCAUAACAAAUGUUAUGAAAAUCUCAGUCUAUAUGUUAUGAAUUAAACUCACAGCACUACA